UAUGCUCUUAAGCUGUCGCAAAAAUGGUGGAAGGCGGCCACAAAAAGAAGAAAUCAAAAGGCUCCAAAGACAGUUCAGAGGACAAAGAGACAAUUAGAAAAACAAAAUCCAUUGAGGAAAAGGGCAGGACAAGGUUGAUGGCGCAUAUAGACCCAAAAGCAGUGGACCCGUUUUUCAAUGAGAUACAAAAGAUAGUUGCGAAAGGUUUCAGCACAAACAUGGAAGUGGAUAAUCCGGAUGAAAGGCCUGUGCUACCACAAAACACCAAAAUUACUACAACUAAAAAUUCGUAUGUGAUCAUAAAGAAAUUGGGAGCUGGCGGUUUUGGAGAUGUAUACGAAGUGCACAGAGAGCGAGAUAAUGGGGUGUUAGCAAUGAAGACCGAAUUUGAUGUCGAAGAUGACAUGUUACAACGUCUAAAGAGAGAAGUUUUGGUAUAUGAAGUGAUCAAUGUAGCAAAAAGAGAAGAUCCAAGAUCGACAGAGCAUAUUCUGCAUAUGAUCGACAAGGGCUGGAACCAGUAUUUUAAAUACAUAAUGAUGCCUUACACUGGUAAAUCGUUAGACUACAUCAAAGAAUGCAUUGUUAAAGGAGAGUUUGCACCUUAUACAGCUAUUCAAAUCUCUCGUCAAACCCACAGUGCUUUGAAAAACCUCCAUGAGUUAGGCUAUAUCCAUCGAGAUGUUAAGCCAGACAAUUUUGUUAUUGGAAAAAGUCUUUACAGAAAUAUUAUAUUUGUGAUGGAUUUCGGAAUGAGUACGAAAUAUGAGAAAACUACAGCAAACUUACCCAAGGAGUCACGUUAUAAAUUCAUUGGAACUCCCAAAUAUGCAGCUCGAGCAACUCAUCAAGGAAGAGUUGUGAAUCGAAAAGAAGACAUGGAGUCGUGGUUCUAUAUGGUAAUUGAACUUUUUGGCACGGAUUACUUACCUUGGUCUCUUGAAGAAGAUCUUGACAAAAUGCAUUUCAUGAAAAAUUGUUUCUUCGAACACAAAUAUGAUGAUGUAGUGUUUCAUAGCACGGCUGUUCCAAAAGACCUGACAAAAAUUAUGCACCUUAUCGACAAAGUUGAUGGAACAAGUAGACCAGAAUAUGAGAAACACGAAGAGGUGCUUGCAAAACUAAUAAAGGAUUACAAAAUGGACUACUACGCUCCUUUUGAAUGGGCUGAUGCCAUGGCCAAAUACUACUUUAUUAGAGAGCAGAAAGAAGAAGAGAAAAAGGCACAGAUGAAGAGGACAAAGAAUGUUAAAAGCCAUGGGACAACCGGCAAAUUCAAAUCAGCAGCGGCCGUCAAAAAUUAGAAGAAUGACGAGGAAAAGUACAAUUCGUUUUCAGCAACAAAUCACACAGCAAAACUAGUACGAUCUAGCUUGUAAAUAUUGAACACAUUGCGGU